AUGGGGGAGGCUGCAUAUUUGCGGCUGCUGCGGGCGCCGCCGGCGCGGUGGGGGGACGCCUGCGGUCCUUCGACGCGGGCGCACGAGUGGGUGGAGCUGCUGCACAGGUAUACUCUGGCAAUACCAGCGCCGCAAGGCGGCGCCAGCAGCAACGCCAGCAACGGCGGCGGCGGCGGCGGCGGCGGCAGCGGGGGCGGCGCGUCGGGCGGCUCAACGGCUCCAGGCGCGCCCGGCAGCUGCGGGGGCGUGGUGUACUUUUGUUGCCUCAGCUACGGCAACUUGCUGUGCCUGGCAAACGACCCGAUCAAGGCGCCGGAUGAGGAGGGGUCCGAAGAGUUGGUGAUGGCGCCGAACGCCGCGGUCGUGCCGGUGCUGGCGGGUGGCCUGCCGGCGGCGCUGGUGGUCGCAGUGCGCGAGAUCGCGGCUGGGGACGAGAUCGUCAUCGACUACGGCCGCGCGUACUGGCGCGCGUGGCGCAUGCUGCGGCGCAAUACAGACCUAGCGGCGGCGCGGGGUGGCGCGCGGGCGGGCGGCUGA